AAAAUUCGCUACUGUUAUAUUUCCAUAACAUAAGUAUAUUAUUAUUAUUGGUAAGUAGGUAGGAUAACCCUCUGAUUCUUUAGCAGCAUGUGAAGUAUGAGUAAUUAGAGAAAUUAUUAUAAUUUUUUUCAAUUAACCUGAUUAAUUUUCUGCGACAUGAGGCAGUUACUUUGAUAAAUGUUACUAUGGUUGCCAAUAUUGAUGAAUAAAACGAUUCACUGGUCAGACUGUGGUUGGUAGGUUACCGCAGACUAAGUUAUUUAUUUAAUGUAAUAGGUAUGUUUAAAUAGAAGUUAUUUAUUUUAUGAUAAUUACAUGUCAAGGAUUACAAUAGUCAACAAUACACUUGCAUUACGUCAAUAGAUAAUUAUGUCAUUCAUUAUAAAUUAAGCUUAAGCUAAACUAAAAAACUACUCAAAGAGGCCCCCGAAAGUUGUUCCCGGCGCAAUGGUGCCCAUCACACUCGCUGCGUUACUACGUUGAAUUGCAAUGGAUAGCCUUUGCGCCAGGAAAGAACCCACCCGGGCGUCACACCCCCUCUCCCUAGCUCGCCGCCCUAAUAAAAUGGACAUGAUAUUUGGUAUGUUUAAAUAAGAUAUAUUAAUAUUUUAUGUCUUGCGCACAAAGAAAGUAACCUUUUUAGCUCUAACAUGUUCCCGCCGCUGAGGUGAAAGGUUGUACUUUUCAUACAAAACCAAAUUUGAAAAACUUUGCCUUUUGAGUCUCUCACUCUCACUACGUAAGCGCGUAAGCAUCUUUUGCUUGCUAGGAGCUAGAUGAGCACUCUCAACUUUUUCUCAUGUUACUCAAAAUAAUAAAUUAUUUAACACUACUAAUCUUAAUUUCUGAUGUUACUAAAACCCUUAUCUAUCCUCACCUUAAUAACCUCCCUUCCCCGUACAAUUCCCGGGAGCAUAAUUCCCCGAUUAAUUAAGUAAAUGGCACUUCUGUAAUUAAAGUAGGUAAUUGGAUUAAAUAUUUGUUGGCAGUUUCAUUUGUGAGGUCAGAGUUGUAGAGUGCUGUCGUUUUUGACGCUUUGCUGUUGUAAAUGCCCUUGCAAACAUACACAAAAGUUGCGUCAUUUUAAAACAAGAUGGCAGAUAAUUACAGCUCCCCAAUAUCAAAAAAGAAAAGCGAUGCAGAAAGUACAAGUGAUAAUCACAAUGACUCCGGUCCGAAGUCUCCUAAGAGACGUCAGUCACGUCGGCACCUGAUCUGGGACAAUACGCGGGAGUUCUUGAGCAAUACCACGCUUCACGGGUUCCGGUAUCUUCUGGAUACUAAAUCUAAUUGGUUUGAAAGAUUAUGGUGGCUGUGCAUGGUGAUCGCGAGCAUAAUGGUGUGCGUGGUCUUCAUAAGAAAAGUGUGGAUCAAGUGGGACGAAACCCCGGUCAUCGUCAGUUUCGCAGACACUACCAACUCCGUGUGGACUAUCCCGUUUCCAGCAGUGACGGUAUGCAGUGAGACCAAGCCCCGGCAAAGGGUUUUUAACUUUACCAAAGCUUACCAUGAAAGGAGGCGCACGCCCUCUACCAUCAGCGUGGAGGAUUUAAAUACUUACCAAGACAUGCUGUUGUUGUGCAACAAUCCUGAAAGUGAUGGACCACAAUUCGCCAAUAAAACCUCCAUUGAAACUCUGCAAAAGCUAGCUCCGACCCGCGACGACUUAUUUCUAAAGUGCUUAUGGAAAAACUUGAGUUGCGGAGAUAUGUUUUAUCACACACUGACCAAGGACGGCUACUGUUUUACCUUCAACAUGCUUUCUGCCGAGAAAAUUUUUAGGACUGAAAAUUUACACAAAGAUUACUAUCACGUCGCUAUUCAGAAUGAUAGUGAAUGGAGUUUAGACAAAGGUUACCCCCCAGAUACGAAUGUCAACACCUACCCAUUGCGAGGACCCAGCUACGGUGGAGUCGAGUUCGAAGUUGUUUUAACGACCGAUACUCGAGAUAUGGAUCUAGUUUGCCGUGGACCCGUCCAAGGCUUUAAGGUCUGGCUUCACAAUCCCGCCGAAUUACCAAAUAUGGGUCAGAACUUCUUCAGAUUGCCAAUACAGUACCAAUCGGCAGCCGCCAUCACUCCCAAAAUGAUGGAUACUUCGGAAGGGCUAAAGGGUUAUUCUCCUAGCAAACGACGGUGUUAUUUUCCCGAGGAUCGCUAUCUCCGCUUUUUCCGUAUUUACACACAAAGGAACUGUGAGCUGGAGUGUUCAUCUAAUUUCACUGCCAAAAUUUGUGGUUGUGUGCCUCUUUACAUGCCACAUGAUCAGGAAACAAAAGUAUGCGGAGGAGGGAAACAGAAAUGUAUUCAAGAUGCUUUUGAGGAACUAUCGUUAAGAAAGUCUGUACUGACGAUGAAAACUGAUUCACACUCUGAUUUGGAAGCUUGUGAUUGCCUGCAAGCGUGCACGGAACUGAAAUAUGACGCUGAGGUGUCCCAGGCCGUCUACAAUCUGUCUAAUUACAUGGACAAUACUGAUUCUGACGUAGCCAAUGGAUGGCGCAUACCUUCAGGCCUGGUGAUAUACUUCGCCGAAGACCUAUUCACGACGCUGCGCCGCUCAGAGCUGUAUGGAGGCGUGGACUUCGUCGCCAACUGUGGAGGCAUCAUGGGGCUUUUCAUGGGCUUCUCCUUUCUCAGUCUCGUUGAGAUCGUCUACUACUUCACUAUCAGGUUAUGGCGCCGGGUGAAGGAUUCUUCAGCUACACUAGCAGACCAGUAAAAUUUGUACGAGUAGAGCGCAAUAAAAUUUAGGGGUCAUCCAUAAAUUACGUCACACGAAUUUCAUAAGUUUUUUGACCUCUCCCACUUCAUGUCCCACGUGGUAACGUUUGGCAUGACCCCUUAGUUUUCUCAGGUCCGCGGCACACGGUACACGUCAAGGAAUAACCUGUUAUUGAUCCAUUUCUGGAAACUCGAGUCGAUGAACUACUCUUCUGUCAUGUCGCCUUAGCUGAUGGGAUAUCUUAAUUUGAAUUACGGGAUCAAGGAACCGGCGUAGUGUUAUUUGAACGUAUCUGUAUGUAUGAGUAUGUACCUACCUUGUGUGUGUGUGUGUGCGUGUGUGUGUGUGUGUGUGUGUGUGUGUGUGUGUGUGUGUGUGUGUGUAUUUUCGAACUAAUUUUUUCAUUAUAUUAUAAUCUUGUUUUCGUUA